AUGCGUAUCGCAACGCCAGGUACAGUGGCCAUUCUGGCUAUAUUUCUCGCCUUCCAAACCGUCUAUUUCGUCACAGAAUCCUUUUUACAUCUCUUCUUUCCUAAGAAGAUGACCCAGAAAUGGCUUGUUCUCUUCCAGUAUUUGAUCGCGCCGGUAUUCAUCGGCACUUUGGGGCUCAUAUUGAUCCCGAACAUCUUUCAAAUUCACAAGGAUAUAAACGGAGAUGUGUUCGCCAACAAUACGGCAAACACCUCCUGCAACAGCAAUGCUUUAGCUGAGAUUGAUGCAGACAUAGGAGGGUACGGCAUACGCAUCGCUAUUUGGGCGCAAGAGUUCGUCGUCUUCUUCAUUGCCUUGGCUGGAACGUUUCACUCCAAGGUCACAGGUGCUAAGGAAAUCGGUGCUGGUCUCAUCAUCACACACUUUUCCUUGGCUGUGGCACUUAUUGUUCAACUGGUACAAUUCAAAGGAGAUGAAGGAGAUGCAAAGGGCCGGAAAAUUCUCACCUCCGCAAGUGCGAUCCUAGGCGCCAUGAUUCUCGAUUCUCAAAACAGUGCACUGUCGAUCCUUCUCAUCACCAAACAAACUCUCGCAGCCAGGUGGCAAGUCGUCAUUGUAAUCUUCUGCCAAACGGUGAGCAUGGUGCUCAUACCAAUCCUAGUCGAGAAAUACACCCAUCAUCAAAGCGACGAAGAACUAGGCUUGGACGCCAACAAAUGCGAACUCCUUCAGGUUUUCUGGUGGGGCAGACUCCGGAACUUUCCUUACGAGAAGAGCGAGACGAUGUACAGAUAUGAUGCGACGGCUUUCUGGCUGUACUACAGCUUCCGACUCGUCGUCUACAUCCAAAGCAGCUUCCAUGCGCUGAUUAAUACGCAAAUUUUUCACGAAGCCGAGAAGAGUGAUGAUCCUCUGGAAGGUAUAACUCAUCCAUCAUUGGGCAGACGCGAUGCCCAGGGCCGACAUUGGAGUGGAAAGAUACGACGUUGGCUUGGAGCACACUCAGAGGACAUGAAGUUCGACCCGUACCCCACGACCAUAUCGCUCAUGUACAUCGUCUAUGGGGUCUUGAUGGUUGCUUCUAUGGCCGCCGCGGAAAUCACGAUUGGAGGCCCGAAUAAGAUAUUCGAACAGAAAGACGGCCAAACAGUGUCUACCGGCCAAGUGAUAGCUAUUGUUGUUGCUGCUGUGACAAUUGCCAGAGGACUGUGGCUGUUCUUCAUGUUAUUCAUCAAAGAUGGGGAGAUCAAGAGCGUUAAGGAGGGACUAGGUUCUUUCCGUUGGCCACUUCACCUUGAGUUUGAUGCCUGA